GAUUGGUGGUUGGUGGUUGUGGUCUUCUGGGUUUUUUGAUUUGAUUUUUUUUCCUUUUGUUUCUUUGCUUUCAUUUUUGGGGCUUUUUUAUUUUGGUUAUUUGUUUUGGUUUAUUAUAUUUUUUUAAGCUAGCAUCCUAAGAUGGUGUUCCGUUGUAGGAUUCGCAGUGAGAGUAGUGAGAACAGUGUAGAGAGACGAGGGCGGGGCUCCUAUGAGCCUGCCAUCACCGACCAUUAUGAACUUCUGCGGGACAUUGGAGAAGGGGGCUUCGCCAAGGUGAAACUUGCCUGCCAUCGCCUCACGGGGACAGAGGUUGUGGUGAAGGUUGUGCCAAAAGUCAUUGAGACCCUCAAAUACGUGUACAUUAUCAUGGAGCAUGCAGGUGGGGGACAUCUACGGAGCCUCAUCUCGGAGCCUGGUGGCAUGCCUGAGGAGCAGGCCCGCAGACUCUUCAGGCAGAUGGUGCGCGCUGUGCAGUACUGCCAUGACAAGGGCAUCGCACACCUGGACCUCAAGCCCGAGAACUUCGUGCUGGAUGCCAGUGGUACGGUGAAACUCAUUGACUUCGGCCUGAGCACCAGAUUCAUAGCCGGGAGGAAGCUGAGCCGGUUCUGGGGCACUCUCCAAUACUUUGCCCCAGAAGUUGUCCGGAGGGAGGAAUACGAGGGCCCCCUGGCGGACAUCUGGAGCCUGGGGGUGGUUCUCUAUUUCAUGCUGACAGGGAGCCGCCCAUUUAUAGCAAACAGUGUUGGGCGGGUGAGGAGGCUGAUCAUGGAGGGAGCCUAUGGCAUUCCUGAACAUGUUUCCAAGGGAGCUCAGAGCCUCAUCCUUGCGAUUCUGAAGGUGCACCCCAGGCAGAGGCCCAGCCUAAAACAGAUAAUGAGCCACCCAUGGCUGAGCCAGGGCAAGGAAGAUUCACCCUGUCCUUCUGGCGAGGCUCUCCCCAUCCACCCUGAUCCUGCCAUUAUAACAACCAUGUUCGACAUGGGUUACGACCCCUAUAACAUCUGGGUGUCCCUGUCACAUAAGAAAUACGAUGAUGCCAUGGCUACCUACCUCCUGCUCAAGUGCCAGAGAACCCAGGGGGUGGGUUGCACAUGCCAGGAGAAGCCCCUGCAGCGUCGGGUGGUAGGGCCUCGCUCAGGCCCUGCAGAUCCUCCUAGGGUCGACCCCAGGAAGUGUUCCAGUGAGCCUGCCCUUCACUUGCCCUGUGAGCAGCAGCAGCAGCCAGAGGAGGCCAAACCGUCUCUGCAGAAGGGUGGUGGCAGUGCCAGCGUGCCUGGCAUUCGUCUCCGCUUUUUCCACGUGGACACACCCCCUCCCAGCCUAGCCUCCCAGCACCACCCUGUGCCCAGCACAACCGACCCCUCCAGCCUCAGUAGGGAGAUCACAGAGGACCGCAGCUCCUCCUCCCAAGCUUCCUCCACAGAGCCAACCCACCACUGCAUCAGGGGUUGGAGGAGGGUGAGGAAGAGUAUUGUCUCCUGCCUUCGACAGCUGUGUUUCAUCCCGUGCUUCAGUCGGUCAUUGUUCAGGAGCACAGUGGUUCCAGUGUAAAUCCCCAGCCAAGACCAACAGAACCAAUGAACAGCCCGAAGACCGAGGUGUGCCAACAGGUUUCCAGGCAGGAGCGCAUCUGGGUCCACCAGGAGUCUCCUCUGCCCCCACCUGCGAAGACACCUCAUAGAGACUUUGCCUUGGGUCACAUCCCCCUGUCCUGCUAUUUGUCCUGCUGUUUCUCCACUGUCCUGCUGUUUCUGGUCACUUUCAAAUAAGAAAUUUAUUAUUUUUUUCACAAAUAGUACAAUAAAAAUGUUUCAAAGAUUGAAAAAAAGCAAGUGUG